AUGGCAUAAUUAGCAUAAGAAGCUGAAGUCAGCUAAUAAAUUCAGAAAGUGCUUAAACAAUCUGUAUCCAAGAGGGAAAAGAAAUCAUUAAUCAAAUCCAUAAAAAAGAGCUCAAUUGCGCAAACAGGCAAGGCUUCCUCGUUACAAACCAUCAUUUCUGUCUCCAACUCGAUGGUCGGCACAAGUACUUUGGUUUUCCCAGUUCUAUUUUGUUAAUCCGGAAUAGGCUUGGGAAUUAUGAUAGCCAUUAUCAUUGGGUUGAUUUCGUGCAGAACAACUCAAUUGUUAAUUGUACAUAAUAAAACAGAUGAGAUGGAUUUGCCAGACACCUUGUAAAGAGUCCUAGGGUCCAAAUGGAAAACCGUCUUCAACAUUAGCAAUGUCAUCCUCCUCUGGGCAAGUGGAAUUAUCUAUAUGAUCUUAAUUUGCAAUCAACUUUACCCCUUAAUUUAAAUAAUAUGUGAUAAUAUUGGCAUUGAAAGUGCACAACUAACAGAAAUUACUCUCUCUAAACUUUCAUACUAAUGGAUCGGAAUUGGUUACACCUUAUUUAUAUUGCCUAUGUUUUUCUAAAAGAAACUGGGAAUCAUUUUGCAACUACUUCCGUAUGGAAUUAUUUCAGUUUUCUCUUUCAUUUUAUUCACCAUAUAUUAAGGAAUUUAUAUGUUAGUGACAGAUCAUUAAGGAGUUGUAGAUAAUUUGAAAUGGUUUAGUUGGGAUGUAUCCACUAUGGCUGGUACAUUUGCUUUAGCUUUAUUGAUAUAAUCUAUGGUUGUACCAAUUAUGAAGAAUAAUAUGAUCUAAUAAAAUAACAAUCGCGAUAUUGCCAUUGGAUUUGGAUGGACAUGGUUUGUAUAUUGUAUGGCUGGCACAUUUGGAGCCUUUGCUGUUGCUGGAGCAUUAGCAAAUAAUUAAAAGUAAGACGGAAAAAGUGGAUCUACUCUUUUGGACUAUUAUCCAUCUGACAAUCCCUUAGUAAUAGUUAUUUAAGUUUUACUCUUCUUAUAAUUGACCCUUGUCUUCCCUGUUUUACAAUUCAUAACGAGAUCUUAGUUCUUCGGUCUCAUCUAUGAAUUGGAAAGAUAACCCAAAUGGUAAUUCUAUGCUUUUUCAUUGACCUAUGCAAUAACCUGUCUAAUAGUUCAAUGUGUUGAAGUUGACUUGUCUUUAAUCAUUAGUCUAUGUGGGUAAGAGAAUUUGAUAAUAUUUUACAGAGCUGUUAUUGGAUUGUUCCAAGAAUAUAUCAUACCAAUUGCUUUGCAUCUGACUUGUUUGUAUAGAAAAAAAGCUACCCAGGUAUAAAAUUAGCCAAAUUACAAUUAAAUUUAAGCUAGUGUGGAAUCAACAGAGUAUUUAGUGGAUUAGGUGGAUUUCACUAAAUUCUCACUUAACGAUGAAGAAGAUUUGAAGUGUAAUGAUCAUUCAGGACUUUUAAAGCGUAUGCCUAAAAAUCUUAGAAUAUCUUUAUAUUCCUUUAUCCUAGUAAUCGGUAUAGCAAUUGGAAUUGGCAAAUUGAUUGAUAUAUUUAAAUGA